GGCAAAACAACACCUCGAUAAUGGAUAUACGCUCCACUCGGCAUCCUCAACGCGUACUCAUCCGACAUCUUUGAUUACAUUUGUCAGAGCUCCAAGACAGACAGGUGCACGUGAUUGAUCACAUGAUCGCGGACCGGCGAAACUAACUGCGGGCGCGGGACAAGAAAUGUUUAGUGAAGGACGCGCCAGCGACAGAUACCCCACGCGUGCUUAGUUCCACGUCCCCUCUUUCCUGUACCAAUACCCUAGAUUCGUCCCUCAAAAUGCAGGCGCCUGUGGUUGUUAUGAACACCCAGACCCCUGGUGGGGAGCGCCAGUUUGGUCGCAAAGCUCAGAUUUCGAACAUCACAGCAGCCAAGACGGUUGCAGACAUCAUCCGGUCAUGUCUGGGCCCCAAGGCCAUGCUGAAGAUGCUGCUUGACCCCAUGGGCGGCAUCGUCCUUACCAACGAUGGCCACGCUAUCCUGCGAGAAAUCGAAGUCGCUCACCCCGCCGCAAAGAGCAUGAUUGAGCUCAGCCGGACACAAGACGAGGAAGUCGGUGACGGCACCACGACCGUCAUCAUUCUGGCCGGUGAGAUCCUUGCACAGGCCCUGCCCCAGCUCGAGCGCAACAUCCACCCUGUUGUUGUCAUCCAGGCCUUCAAGAAGGCCCUCGCCGAUGCCCUCGAGAUCGUCAACGAGAUUGCGACCGAAGUCGACGUCGACAACGACGAAGAGAUGUACAGGAUCAUCAGCUCUUCGAUUGGCACAAAGUUCGUUUCGAGGUGGUCAAAGCUGAUGUGCGGUCUUGCGCUCAAGGCUGUCCGUACAGUAUCUACCGACAUGGGCGGCAAGAAGGAGGUCGACAUUAAGCGGUACGCACGUAUUGAGAAGAUUCCUGGAGGCGAGAUCGAGGACAGCGAGGUGCUGGACGGCGUCAUGGUGAACAAGGACAUCACACACCCCAAGAUGAGGCGGAGAAUCGAGAACCCAAAGGUGCUGCUGCUGGACUGCACACUCGAGUACAAGAAGGGCGAGAGUCAAACGAAUAUCGAGGUCAGCAAAGAGGAGGACUGGAACAGGAUACUGCAGAUCGAGGAGGAGCAGGUCAAGGCCAUGUGCGACGCAAUCAUUGCCCUGAAGCCUGAUCUCGUCAUCACAGAGAAGGGUGUCAGCGAUCUUGCACAGCACUUCCUCGUCAAGGCCGACAUCACAGCCAUCCGCCGUGUCCGCAAGACAGACAACAACCGUAUCGCCCGAGCCACCGGUGCUACCAUCGUCAACUCCGUCUUCGCCGCAACCCCGUCCGACAUUGGUACACAGUGCGGUCUGUUCGAGAUCUCAAAGCUCGGCGACGAGUACUUCACCUAUCUCACACAGUGCAAGGACCCCAAGGCCUGCACAAUCUUGCUUCGCGGUCCCUCAAAGGACAUCCUGAAUGAGAUCGAGCGCAACCUGCACGACGCCAUGGGCGUUGCUAGGAACGUCAUUUGGAACCCGAAGCUGUGCCCAGGAGGUGGAGCAACCGAGAUGGCCAUCGCUGUUGGGUUGGAGAGGAGAGCAAAGCUCAUCGAGGGUGUUGCACAGUGGCCAUACAAGGCGGUGGCAGAGUCUAUGGAGGUCAUUCCCCGCACCAUCAUUCAGAACUCAGGAAACAGCCCCAUCAAGGUCCUCACACAGCUUCGCGCAAAGCAUGCAGAAGGUUACGAGGAUGGCAAGGCCACUGGCAGUACCUGGGGUAUCGAUGGCGAUGCAGGAAAGGUUGUUGACAUGCGCACAUAUGGCGUCUGGGAGCCUCUCGCAGUCAAAGAGCAGAGUAUCAAGACAGCCAUUGAGAGCGCGUGCUUGCUGCUUCGAGUCGACGAUAUCGUUGCUGCGAAAGCGGCGAAGCAGGUUAGCGGCCCCAUUGGCGGCGGAGGUGACGACUAAGAAGCUCCACGAUGGCUCGAUCUCAACAUAAGCGACCAUCUACUGGAAGCAAAUGAUCACGACAAUAAAGAACGAUCAAACAACAACACAUCAAGUGUUGGCACACAAAGCAUCGUCUCAACAGCCCGUGACUUCUAAGUUUUUGACCCCGUAGCUGUCAUUCACACU